AUGGGCCGAGGAUCGCAAGAAGCACCGAGUACAGCACCCAAGUCUCGCGUUCAAUGCGAAAUCGUCACAGAAAAGGCUCCGAGAGGACCCAAAAAGGGAUAUCUUCAAGCACUCAGAAAUAGAAUUGCGCUGCUCGAGAGCCGACUUACAUCCCAAGAUCCUGACUGGAGCAUCUUCGAUGACUGCUCAAGCGAGAAGGGGGCUUCAGCGUCUGCAGCGAUGAGCCCAGUUCCUGUACAAAGUGCCUACAUUCAGAAUCUUAUGUCGCAGUACUCUCACAAUAUGUUUGCUUCAAACACUAUGCCACCACUAGAUCUUGGAAUUUAUUUUCCAGAGCAGACCCAACCAGACAUCUGUCAAGCUGUUCCCGAGAGCCUCAUGUCGCCCGACAGCCCGGAAAGCUUCAUUUACGAGCCUACUACCUUUGAUUCAGAGGGCGAGAUAAAGCUUUCCCAUUCACAUCAGGCGGAACUUGAUCAACUAUACUUUGAUCGUAUACAACCUUCAGUACCGAUUCUUCAUCAACGUCGUUACCUUUCAUGGUCACGACAUGACGGAAAAUCUAUGCCUCAAAAGGCUCUUCAAUAUGCUGUGUGGAUGCUGGCAUCUUUGGUCUCUCCUCAGAGCCACUCUACACACGAGAGGCUCUACGGGGCGGCGAAACGAGCCGUCGAACUCUCUUCAAAAGCGAGCGAUGCUGACAUUGCAACUACCCAAGACAUGGAACUUGUGCAAGCGAUCAUUUUGGUUUCUACGUAUGAGUCGAUGAGAGGAUUCUACGACAUGGCAUGGAUGAGCGCUGGCAGAGCGUUUCGUAUGGUGCAACUGAUGAGGCUGCAUGAAGUGGAUGGAGGGUCACAGAAUCCAUUUCUUGAUCAACAUGACUUGACCGAAAAGGAAGAGUGCCGUCGAGCAUUUUGGAUGGCGUAUUUGCUGGACAACCUGUUUGCCGUCCGCGGCAAUUGGUCAGUGACAUUGAGAGAAAACAUUAUUCACACGAGAUUACCCAUACCAGAGUCAGACUUUCAGAGUGAACAGCCUGCCCAGACUGAUUUUUUGGUGGACGCCAUCAUGGAGCCAAUCCCGCAGCCACGGUCGCCCUUCAGCGAAAGUAUUAUAUUCGCCACGAUAUGCUCGCAGAGCCAUACUCAAUCGCGAUGUAGUGGCAUAUCAGUAAUCAGCGAAGACACUCUAUCGAGUUGGGAUCCGUGCCAGGGAACCAUGGCUGACGGAUUCCCGCCUCGAAUGCUCUUCAUCUGGAACUACGACCCACCCUCUGCGAGCAGUCCCGAUCCGAUGCUUAUUCUAGCAAAUGUACUAGCGCAAUUGUCGGUUAUUUUGUUUUAUCGCCGGAUUAGCCAAGCCAAUAUGACGGAUCCUUCAGUUUCCAUGGAUAAGCUGGUAGAGAGCCAAAGCCGAGCGUUGGUUGCUGCGGAGCGCAUCGUGGACGUUGCUGGAGAACUGACCAAUUUCCAUUAUUCUCGGCUGCAUCCGCUCCUGACGAUCAUAUUUCGCCUUAAUGCGGACUUUCUCUGUGCCAACAUGUCUGCGAUGCCAGCGCAGCAGUCUCUGGCGCGGUUUUUGCACACACUGGGCGGCCUUCGGGCAUGCAACGAUGCAAACCAGAGUUUUGUCGAGUUUCUCGGUAUCUCGAACUUCUUGGAUGAGUUGGGAAUGGCGCCGAUUGAUAAUUAA